GAUUGAGGUUUUGAAUCCUGAUGAAACUCCGGCUAGUAAUAUUCCAGUGAAGGUGGAUCCAGGCCAAGUGAUGGGCUAUACUGGAGCCAACGGCAUGGCAAGGGUGACCAUCAAUACAGGGGGAAACAUUAACUCACUGCUUAUUAACGCAACGACUGCCGAUUCUCGUAUUUCAAGUGAAAGGCAGGCAUCGGCCACCAUGCAAGCUCUUCCACACAGAAUGAGGAACAACAAUUACAUCCACAUAGGGUUGGAUAAAGCUGAAGUAACAGUACGAGAAAUUGUAAAAGUCAACCUCCUCUUCAACAGACAGGAAAAUAGAGAAUACGACAUCACGUACCUGAUCUUGAGCAGAGGGCAGCUGAUUAAUCAUGGCAAAUAUAGGGCAAGUGAUGAAGUCCUCAUUGCCAUGUUAAUCCCUAUAACCAAAGAAAUGAUGCCAUCAUUCCGUAUUGUAGCCUACUACCAUACAAGUGAUCAGCAAGUGGUAUCGGACUCUCUGUGGGUUGAUGUCAAGGACUCCUGCAUGGGCGUGUUGAAGUUGGAACAAACCGAUCGUGAGUCGUACUAUAAGCCGCAGGAAUCCUUCAAUCUGAGGAUAACUGGGGAUCCAGGGGCCACAGUGGGGCUGGUGGCAGUUGACAAAGGCGUGUACGUCCUGAAUAACAAGCACCGUCUCACUCAGAAGAAGGUGUGGGACGUUGUAGAAAAGUACGACACAGGCUGCACACCGGGUGGAGGGGAGGACAGUAUGGGUGUAUUCUAUGACGCUGGGCUGUUGUUUGAGACCAGCGCUUCUGGGACUCCAUACAGACAAGAUUUGAAGUGUCCAGUCAUCAGCAGGAGGAAGCGAGCCAGCACUAUCAUGGAAGUCAGAACCAGCCUGUUGAGUCAGUAUGAAGUCAAACUACAGCAUGACUGUUGUUUAGACGGUAUGAGUGACACCUCUGUCUCAUACAGCUGUGAGAGGCGAAGCGAGUACAUUUUCGAAGGCCCAGCCUGUGUCGAGGCCUUCCUGAACUGCUGCAGGCAGAUGGAAAGCCAGCAAGCAGAGAGGAAGGAGGAAGGCCUCAUACUGGCUCGCAGUGAGGAAGAUGAUGCUUAUGAAGACACCAGUGAAAUUGUUUCUCGCUCCAAGUUCCCUGAAAGUUGGCUGUGGAAGGAUGUCAUACUGCCCUCGUGCCCUCAGCAAAAUCCUGGCUGUGAAAGCACAUUUACUAAACGAAAUAUUCCCCUGCAAGACUCCAUCACGACCUGGCAGUUUACCGGCAUCAGUCUGUCAAGAACUCACGGUAUCUGUGUGGCUGAUCCAUUAGAGAUCAUCGUCCGGAAGAAAUUCUUCAUCGAUCUCAAGCUGCCAUACUCUGCAGUCAAAGGAGAGCAACUGGAAAUCAAAGCUGUCCUACAUAACUACAGCCCAAAACCUGUGCAAGUGCGUGUGGAACUGGUAGAGGACGCACACCUGUGCAGUGCAGCUUCUAAGCGUGGUAAAUAUGUUCAGGAGGUCAGAGUCGGUUCCGGCACCACGCGAUCCGUGUCGUACAUCAUCAUUCCCAUGCAAAAAGGAAAAUUCCCCAUUGAAGUCAAAGCAGUUGUCAAAAGGUCUUAUGAACUGAGUGAUGGAGUAAAGAAGAUGUUGCUGGUGGUGUCUGAAGGUGUCCUGGUAAAAUCACCUAAAGUGAUCAAACUACACCCAGCUGAAAGAGGUUUAGAUAAUAGACAAGAAGUAACCCUGAACAGCAACAUUUCUCUCAAUGACAUGGUUCCAGGGACAGAAACAAGCACACUCAUCUCUGUGACAGGAAGAGAGCACAUAAGUUCAUUAUUGGAGAGCGCCAUCAGCGGGAACUCUAUGGCCUCUCUGAUCCGAGCCCCCUACGGCUGUGGAGAGCAAAACGCGGCCUCCAUGACCCUUCCUGUUAUUGCUACCACAUACUUGGACACAACCGACCAAUGGGAAGCUGCAGGCUUAGGGAAACGUGAUGAAGCCCUCCAGCACAUCAAAAAGGGCUACCAGGCUGAGCUGAGCUACCGUAAACAUGACGGGUCUUUUGCAGUGUUUGAGAGUCGCCAAGGCAGUUCUUGGUUAACAGCCUAUGUGGUCAAGGUGUUUGCCAUGGCCAGCAAUCUGGUGAACGUGCAAAUCCAUGUGAUCUGUGAUGCUGUCAAGUUUCUCGUUCUCACGCAGCAACCAAAUGGCUUGUUUACAGAAACUGGAUAUGUGUACAGUAGAGAAAUGCGUGGUGGUGUGCUCGGCUCAAAUUCAGAUGUCUCCAUGACGGCGUUCUGCCUGAUUGCCAUGCAGGAGAGUCGUGAAUUAUGCUCUGACACCGUUAAUAGUCUGCCCAGCAGCAUAAAUAAAGCAGUGACCUACAUAGAGACGCAUCUGCACAGACUCACCAACCCAUAUGCUGUUGCAAUAUCAUCAUACGCUCUGGCUAAUCAAGGGAAGCUGAAUCUGGAGGUUCUCUACAAGUUUGUCUCUCAAGACUCGUCCCACUGGCCUGUAUCUACGGCACAUCAAUACCAACUGGAGGCUACAGCUUACGCUCUUCUUGCUCUGGUCAAGGCCAAGGAAUUUGAAAAAGCCAAACCAGUGGUCAGAUGGUUCUCACAACAGAGCAAGGUGAACGGUGGAUAUGGAUCAACUCAGGCUACUAUAAUGGUAUACCAGGCUGUAGCUAGCUACUGGGCUAUGGCUGAGGAACCAGAGUAUGAUCUGAAUGUCGACCUCUUGUUGCCGGGCAGAUCACUGUCUGAGAAGUUGAAAUUCAACAAGGGAAACCAGUUUUCCACAAGAACCUCUAAAUUCAACGAUAUUAACCAAGAUGUACAGGUCAUUGCCUCAGGAGUCGGGGAAGCAACACUGAAAAUGAUGUCGUUGUAUUAUGCCUUGCCUAAAGAAAAGGAGAAUGACUGCCAGAAGUUUAAUUUGUCAGUGACUACAACUCCAGUGACACAAAGUGAUGAUGAGACGAUUUACAAGCUGAGCAUUGAGGUUUUCUUUAAGGACCCUGAACGCAGUUCAACCAUGUCAAUCUUGGACAUUGGCUUACCAACUGGCUUCAUCGCCAACACAAAAGACCUUAACUCAUUGUCUAAAGGACAUGCCCGCACCAUUGAAAAGUAUGAGAUAAACACUGUGCUGUCAGAUAAAAGCAACGUCAUCAUUUACCUGGACAAGGUUUCGAACCAACGGAUAGAGGAGAUCACCUUUAGAAUUCAUCAGAAGAUGAAAGUGGGCCUUUUACAACCAGCUGCUGUGUCUGUGUAUGAGUACUAUGAAAAGAAACCUUGCGUGAAGUUCUACCAUCCACAGAGGAGAAGUGGAGAGCUACUAAGGCUCUGCAGGAAUGAUGAAUGUACAUGUGCUGAAGAAAACUGUAGCAUGCAGAGGAAGGGGGACAUCAGCAAUGAUGAGCGCGUUGAAAAAGCUUGCGAGUUCACAGAGACCAGCAAAAUAGAUUUCGUGUACAAAAUCACUGUUGAAGAUUUAGCCGAGUCUUUUACCACGGACGUUUACACCGCACGGAUCGUUCAAGUCAUUAAAGAAGGAACUACCGACGUGGCUCCUCUUAAUAUGCUGCGAACAUUCCUCAGUUUUCCACACUGCAGAUCAGCUUUAAGUUUGACAAGAGGAAAAAGCUACUUAAUCAUGGGAGCAUCCAAAGAUAUCAAAAGACAAUGGUCUCAGUACGUACUUGGUGAAAACACCUGGGUCGAGUACUGGCCAACAGAUGCCGAGUGUCAGACUGACGAACACAGACCUACCUGUGAGGGCAUGAAGGACCUGUCUGAUAGAUACCAAACCGAUGGAUGCUUUCAUUAAAGAAACAGGAGUCGAUAAAAAGCUCUUUUUAAGUGCUUUUGUUUUGCAGUACUCCCCUAAAUGUACAACUUUGUGUGGAAUAAAAUCAGGCGUGCAAAAUUG